AUGACCUCCUCCAUGGAGCCUUGCGUUAUCUGUUUGGAGGACAUUGAUUCGCACCUCAAUUUUUCGGUUGAUACAUGCGGUCAUCGGUUUUGCCGAAACUGUGUAAUACGUCAUGUAGAGACGAAGCUUCUUGAAGGAAGGAUACCGAAUUGUCCUCAAUAUCUCUGCAAGUCUCAGCUAUCCAUCGAUAGAUGUGACAGGAUUUUGGCUGCUAAGCCGAGUCUUAGGUUGAAACAGAUUUUGAAAGAGGUGUCAACUCCUAUAACAGAGCGAGUGUAUUGUCCAUACCCAAGUUGCUCGCAUCUAAUGUCCAAAACCGAGCUAUCUUCUUCUACAAGUUCUUGCGAAUCUGGACUUAGGAAAUGCUUUAAAUGCAGUAGCUCCUUCUGUGUCCACUGCAAUGUUCCAUGGCAUGGCAUGCUAUCUUGCACCGAGUACAUGAAAUCUAGUGUUGAUAAUAAUAAGAAUUACGAUCCUCGAUAUGAUGCAGAGCUAAUGAAGUUUAUGGCAAAAGCUUAUGGCUGGCGUCAAUGUGGCAAGUGUCACCAUAUGAUUGAACGUUCUUUCGGAUGUCCCCGCAUAACAUGCAGGUAUGUUAAGAGCUUCGUUUGA